AUGGUCUACUAUGUGAGCUUGGAUGGAGCCAGUACGCCCACUACACGACGACGUUUGAACCCCCAUCGUCGGCCCGGGGGGGUCGCUGUGUGUGGUGGGCAGGCUACGACGUGUGCCUUUGUUGCGGGCGUUCGAACGAACCCGCAGCUCCGUACGCGCUCAACUGAUCGCAUUGCCUACUCUCCUCCCAUUCCAGAUCUGCCCGCAAUGCCAGACCCGUUCCCCAACCUAUGACGAGUCGAUGCAACACUGUGCGUUUCAUCUCUCACCAGCGUUGAGGCGUUUGUCGCAGCUUGGUGCUGUUUCUCGCGCCGCGCUGGCCGGCCGCUUCCGCGAGUCCGGCGUCGAAUCGCCUUGGGUUCACAGUCUUGGCGGGUGUGGGGGGGUUAUUGCUCGUUCAGGGCGUCGACGCAUUCGUCAAGGGUGGCUUCGGGGAUAUAUACCAGGCAAUGUUGAAGUUGACUUUGGACACUACUCGUUGUGUGAACAGACACAAAUUGCACGGUCGUACGACCUGCCAACAUCGACGCUUUGGGGCGACCGAUCGUACCCCCACCGGGUCGGAAGAGCGACGGCGACAAGGACAAGGACGGCGACGAUCCACGGAACGAGGACGAGGCACAUGAUCCGUCGUCGCAGCAGCAUCAGCGAGUGUACCAGACUCAGAGCGAGACCAAAGCAGACAACGCUACACGGCAAACUUUAGCAGACUCGAGACCGGACGAAUCAACGCACCCCCAGUCGGUGCAGGAACGGCAAGAUCCGUAG